AUGGUCCUUCACCCAGCACGUCUAACCAGUUUUCUAGCGGGUGUGGCAACGCACUUGAUUAUCUUCAACCGUGGAGAAUGGGAUCGAUCCUCGCCCAAGAUUGCGGUGGCAUUCGGUGCCAUUGCGGUCGUCUCCAUGUUGUUGUUCUUCAACUUCAAGGGAUGGUCUCUCGUCUUAUUCUCCCAGCUUAGCAUCUUGUAUGCGUCCGGGAUUCUGUUGAGCAUUUUGCUCUACCGUCUGUUCCUGCAUCCGUUGCACGAGAUCCCGGGCCCAUUCCUGGCACGCAUCACCGUGAUGUGGCGAAGGCCAACGUUCAAGUCUGUUUGGACUGAUCAUCGUCGGUAUGGCGAUUUCGUUCGUAUUGGUCCACGAGAAGUGUCGAUCAACAAUCUUGACGGUUUCCACCAGAUCCAUGGUCCCGGUUCUCCUUGCGUCAAGGCUCCGAUUUAUGAAUGUAUCAUGGAACGGACAUUGCAUAUAACACGCGAAUACCCAAUGCUUACUGCGAGAACAACUAUGUGGGAGAAGUCACUGGAUCAUAAGGAUUGUCUCAAGGGUUACGAAGCCAUCAUUCAAAAGCACUGUGAGACUUUCGUCGAGUGCCUGAAAUCCAGGUCCUAUUCACAGUUCGACAUCACCGAGUUACUCAGGUUCUUCUCCUACGACGUGAUGGGUGAUCUAGCCCUGGGUCAAUCUUUCGAUAUGGUCAAGUCUCAGAAGAUGCACUCGGCCCUGCUGCAGGAAAGCUUCAUGCAAGACUUUGUAGGAUCGUUCAAGUGUGCUCCGUGGUUGGUUACUCUACUGAAGAAGCUAUCAUUCAUACAGGACCUACGAGCUGCUUGGUUUGAUGAUUGUGCCAAUUUGCUCGACGAGCGGCUCAAGCUAGGUCAGCAACGCGAGGACCUCUUUUCUUCCCUUCUCAGCUACGCCAAGGCCAUGAACAAUAGACCUGCUUCCAUGCGUCAUUCGCUUUUAGAUGACGCAGAUCUCGCCAUGUCGACCGGAACCGACAGUAUCGCAUAUACCCUCUCGGCCUUGAUGUGGCUUCUCGCAACCCAUCAGAAAAAGCAAGAGUUGCUGCAUGAGGAAGUUCGUCGCUUCCCACCCAGCAACUCCGGUUUUAACCAUGAUUACACCAAGGCCGGCGCGUCUUAUUUGGACGCAUGUAUCAACGAGGCCCUGCGGUUGUAUCCGGUUGUCCCUGGCGGAAUUCAGCGUUUGACUCCGCCCGAGGGCCUUGCUAUCGCAGGGCAGUUCAUUCCAGGAAAUACAAUUGUCUCCACGCCAAUCUGGAGCAUGCACCGUGAUCCACGCUACUUCGUUGCCCCCAACGAAUUUAUUCCUGAGCGCUGGACUACUCGACCGGAUCUUGUCCUCAAACGGGACGCCUUCGUCCCCUUCCUGACCGGGCCGUACGGAUGCCCUGCGCAGCAAUUCGCUGCCAUGGAGAUCCGCAUGCUCAUCAGCUGGGUCGUGUACGACUUUAAGCUCCAACCUCGAGAAAACAACCGCAUUGAUGGAGAGAACGUUAUCAGGAAACCGGGCCCUGUGGAGAAAUUCAUCCUCCAGUUCCCGGCUCAUCAAGUAAAAUUUACGCCUAGGGAGAAGCGUCCUUCGACAGAAGAGGCUUUCCGCGAGGAAGUAAGCAAGAUGUUUCCGAGGUCUCCUAAGAGAAAUGAUGAGUAUAUGAAAAGGCUUCAACAGGAGAAACGGGUGUAUUCUAAGGAGCGCCGUCGCUUCUAG